GUUGGAUUGUUACUCAAACCGCACACACUACACACGUGCUUUAAAAAAAUCUCCACAAAUAAGAAAAACCUUUUCACUUAAUUCAGUAAAAAGUGGUGCUUUCGAAAAUUAUAUAAAAUUCCGCCAGACUUUACAAAGUGCAAAUACGUUGAACCAGUAUAAAAUUCCAGCUACGUUUCUGUUUAAAACUGAUGUAAUUUGCGUCGGCUAACGUUCCAACUAUUCCCGCUUCCAUAAAAGUGCAAUCUCAUUUGGAGCCAAUAAUUCCUGAUCGUGGAACCAAUUUUGUUGAAAAUUCAAAACAGAAGAUGAAACUGUACCCUCUGGUGUUUAUAAUAGUGAGUAUCGAAGCGAAGGCUCGGACUAAAUUCUGUGAUGUGGUUUCCUCGGACCCAACGAAACAUUGCUUCGUGAAAGAAAUUUUAACGAGCAUUGCACACAGCCCCAACCAGCUGUCCGUGGACAAAACCACAAAUACGCUGUACUUCAGCUUCGAUUUCGGACAAGGAGAGUACGUGCCGGCGAUACUCAACAUGGAAACCAAAAAUCUAAGUGUAUUAAAAGGAGUUAAGGACGCCUUUGCUAUAGCCAAUGACAAUACAACAGGAGAAAUGUUCUUCGGAGGCAGUCACGGCAUCUACAAGUACAGUGCAGCAACCAAGACCCUGCAGCGGUUGAACAUCAACAACUUGGACAUCUGGUGGCUGUUCAUCAAGAAGAACAUAUACUUCAUCAAGUUUCCAAGUCUCAGCGCGUAUUACUAUGAGAAUAGGACAAUAAGAGCUGUUCCUUCACUAAAGGGUGAUAUAGUUCAUCAAUUUGUUUUGGAUAGAGAAGACAACAUUUUCUUUAUCAACGGCUCAGGUUUGUUCGGUAUUAAGCAUGAUGACAGCUCACCAGUAUUACUGAGGGAUCACCCAAGAUUUCUGGGGAUUGCGACGGAUAACUACGGCGUCGUACAUGUGUGUAGCGAGGAUGGUAUAUUUGUGGUCACUAAAAUGGUGCAAAAAGUGAAGAAAGUUAUCAACGUACAGGGCGUGUUGGGUAUGACGUUCGAUGGGUCUAAUAAUAUUAUCUAUUCGGAUUCCCACGAGAUUAUAAGGCUACUGCCGCUAUCAAAAGACAAUUACAAUGAAAAUGAUCACGGCCAAUAAAACUAUGUACACAUAAUAAGUAAGAGAAUUUGCAUAUAGUUUUGGAUUAAAUGGAAAACCUGUUGAAGAACGAAAAAAAAAACGGGUUCAUAAAAUCUUAGGUACUCUCGAAUAAAUCUCUUUAGACGAAAACCAAUCGAUUUUCAACACGUUUUUCAAACGUAAGUACGCUAAUGUAGGUUAGUUUUAAGUGAUUAUGUAUAAAUGUACAUAAUAAUACUUAUUGUGUGCAUUUCAUGGUUUUUAUAUUUUUAAAUAUUUUUUCUUAUAACUAAAUAUUUAAAAAUGUAAUUUUGAUUAUUGAUGCAACGGAAUAAAUUAUAAUAAGUUAUUUAGUAUAAUUAUACUUGAAUGUCAAAGACUUAAAAUGUAAUAGCUAAGCUGUAAAACUAUGUGACCAUUUCCACUGAUACUAAGCUGUGCAAGAAAGAUGCGCAUGAUAGUAGGGAAGCCAUCUAUAGCACGCAUCUUUCUAUAUAAAAAACAUAGCUUACCUGAAUCCGUUACCACCAGUGCUAUGCUGUGUACCAAUGAAUAUAAUUGGUGGAAGCCAAACAUAUCCACAGCAACGUAGUAUGUCGUACACAUCUCUGGUGGAAAAGGACUUACCAACGUUUUCAAUUUUAAAAUUCAUAUAAAUGUCACAAGUUUUAAUGUGUAUCUGAUGGAGAAAAAUGGUUGUGGUGUUGUAUAUUUAAAGAGGAAUGUAAAUUGUUUCAUUGUAUGCGAUCAUUAGUUCCAAAAGAAAAUCAAAACUGUCUGGAAGUUAAAUAAAUGGCCUUAAAUGCAAUGCCUUUCGUUUUAUUUCCGAAUGUAUUAAAUUAUAGUUUUUGCUUCCUGGCCUCUUGCCAAAUGGUGAUGACCUGACCUAUUCAUAAUUAU